GGAUGGAAGAUAUGGAUUUGUAUUCUUAUGUUCUGUAUGCAAAAGAAGCAUGUGCUGCGCUGAGUUACCUUGCACAUAAGGUGGUUUUGACUGAUAAGUACAGACCUGAGUCUUGCUGCAUCAUUAGCAACUACUACAAUUUAAAAGGCCAGCAUGAGAAAGCAGUUAUGUACUUCCGGAGAGCUUUGAAACUGAACAAGUAUUUAUCGGCGUGGACUCUUAUGGGCCAUGAAUAUGUUGAGAUGAAGAACACGCAUGCUGCCAUUGAUGCAUAUCGACGAGCUGUUGAUAUAAACCCUUGUGAUUAUCGAGCUUGGUAUGGGUUAGGACAAGCAUAUGAGAUGAUGGGGAUGCCUUUCUAUGCACUUUACUAUUUUCGCAAAUCCAUAUUCUUUCUUCCAAACGAUUCUCGGUUGUGGAUAGCCAUGGCUAAAUGUUAUCAAACCGAACAGCUUUACAUGCUUGAAGAGGCCAUCAAGUGUUACAAUUGAGCUGUGAACUGUACUGACACAAAAGGAAUAUCACUUAAUCAAGCUUCACCAGAAGCUUGGACGUAAUGAAGAAGCUGCAUUUUAUUUCGAGAAGGAUUUAGAGAGAAUGGAUGCUGAAGGAUUAGAAGGACCAAACAAGUUUGAGGCUUUAAUUUUUCUUGCCACACAUUUUAAAACUCACAAGAAAUUCGCAGAAGCAGAAGUGUAUUGCACCCGUCUUCUCGAUUAUAGUGGACAUUGUUCUUUUGCUU